UGAGGUGGUGGUGCGGGUGGGCUUGCAGAGCGGCAGGCAGUCUGGCAGGAGCUUUGAGAGGCAGCAAAGCAGCUGGGGACACCAGGGAGAACUGGCUCUUUGCCUCCUGCCUGGGCGCUCCCGGGCAGGCCACUGAGUGCUGGCGGCCACUAGCCUGUCCCGCAGGUGCUUUUGCUGCUCACUCAGCCUCACGGCCCACUGGGGCGCCUCGGAGGAGCUGCGGCUCGGUGGGGAAGCGGUGCAGUCAGGACUUCUUCCAGUUCUGUUGGACCCUGAGCCCAAGAUGCACCAUUGUCCAAGGGUCUUGGAGGCCACGGGUGGGGGGGAGGCGUUGAGCAGGGGGCUUGGACAGGGUCAGAUUAAGGAUGUAGGAAAGCUGACGCUGCAGUGAGGGUGCUCUGCCCCUGGCGGGUGAGGGCAGGGACAGGGACCACAGGGGACGCUGCCUGAUUGCUGUGGGCAGUGCCAUGAGCCGCCAGUGCUGGGCCCCGAGUUCCAGCCUCUGACCCGUCCCGGUGCCCUGACUGACUGGCCACAAGGACAGAGAUUGAAUCCUGCCCAGCCCUUGAGGGAUCAGUCUGCUCGGCCAAGGAGCCCCGGGGAGCCGUGGGUGGCACCAGUGUCCAGCCUGCCUCGAGGAGGCCCCGGCCAGACCAUGGCAGAACCCUGCGACAGGGCCCCUGACUUCCUCUCCCCAUCUGGAAACCAGGUCCUGUGGCCUGCCCUGGGCAGUGUGGUCACUCUGAACUGCACGGCCUCGGUGGUCUCUGGGCCCCACUGCCCCUUGCCCUCUGUCCAGUGGCUGAAAGAUGGGCUGCUGCUGGGCAAUGGAAGCCACUAUGACCUCCAUGAGGACUCCUGGGUCAAGGCCAACUGGUCAGAGGUGCUUCUGUCCAGUGUCCUGCGGAUCAACCUGACCAGUACUGAGGACUUCAGGACCUUCACCUGCUCCGUCCAGAACACCAGCUCCUCUUCCUUCACUCUUGGGAGAGCUGGCCUGGCUGGACAUGUGGCCGCGGUGCUGGCCUCACUCCUGGUCCUGCUGGUCCUGCUCCUGGCAGCGCUGCUAUACGUGAAGUGUCGACUCAAUGUACUGCUCUGGUACCAAGACACGUACGGGGAGGUGGAGAUGAACGACGGGAAGCUCUACGACGCCUACGUCUCCUACAGCGACAGCCCCGAGGACCGGAAGUUCGUGAACUUCAUCCUGAAGCCGCAGCUGGAGCGGCGUCGGGGUUACAAGCUCUUUCUGGACGACCGCGACCUCCUGCCGCGCGCGGAGCCGUCGGCCGACCUCCUGGUGAACCUGAGCCGCUGCCGGCGCCUCGUCGUGGUGUUGUCCGACGCCUUCCUCGGCCGGGCCUGGUGCAGUCACAGCUUCCGGGAGGGCCUGUGCCGGCUGCUGGAGCUCACGCGCAGACCCAUCUUCAUCACGUUCGAGGGCCAGCGGCGCGACCCCGCACACCCUGCGCUCCGCCUGCUGCGCCAGCAUCGCCACCUGGUGACCCUGCUGCUCUGGAGGCCCGGUUCCGUGACACCUUCCUCCGAUUUUUGGAAAGAGCUACAGUUGGCGUUGCCACGGAAGGUGCAGUACAGAGCGAUGGAGGGAGACCCCCAGACCCGGCUGCAGGAUGACAAGGACCCCAUGCUGAUUGUGCGAGGCCGGGUCCCAGAGGGUCGGACCCUGGACCCGGAGCUGGACCCUGACCCUGAGGGGGACCUGGGUGUACGAGGGCCUGUCUUUGGGGAGCCAGCAGCUCCACCGCAUGCAAGUGGGGUCUCGCUUGGAGAGGGCCAAGGCAGUGAAGUGGAUGUGUCGGACCUUGGCUCCCGAAACUACAGUGCCCGCACGGACUUCUAUUGCCUGGUGUCGGAGGAUGACGUGUAGCCCCUGUCCCCUGGAGCAGCACGAUCACCAGGGACAGCUGGGGGCAGGGCUGAUUUUUUUCCCACUCAGCAGGACCACGAGCCCUGUCUACCUGCAGCCCUGGGACCUCGGGGAAAGAGAGUGGGCCCAGCGACCCUCCUUGUGCCAGAAAUAAAGUCCUUUGGAAUCCUG